GCAGCGUCUCGGCGCGUCUGACACCGCGUCUCACAGGUCAGACGCGGCCCAGACGCGCCCAGACGCGGUUUCCCGUUGUUAUAGUGUCCCGCGCUGCUCGCUGCUGUUCGUGUCGCCGGCGGGCUACGGCGCAGUCGCCAACAGCCGGCCCGAGGUGGCGGAGCGCAGCGGGGCGGUGUUCUGCGGCGCGGUGCGGGAGGUGCUGCAGAUGUAUGGCGCGUACGAGUGCCAGGAGUACGAGUGCACCUUCAUGGUGUGCUGUCACACGCCGCGUGCUGCGGCCGAGCUUGCGCUGGCCCUCCAGCAGUGGUUGCUCGUGGCGGACUGGCCGUCCGACCUGCUGUCGGAGUUCGAGGCGGGCCGUGUUGUGCUGUCGGACACGACCGGCAGGCCGCUGCGCAGGGGCUUCCGUGCCAAGGUGGGCAUCUUCACGGGUGUGCCGCUGAGUGUGGUGCCGCACGCCACCACCGGGCGCGCCGACUACUUUGGCGCGCUGGUCAACCGCGCGGCGCGGCUCAUGGCGGGCGCCAAGGCCGGACAGAUCCUCAUGGACACCACCGCGGGACUGGAGGUGCUGCGCGAGUGGAGGCAGAUGAUGACGGCCGCAGCGGCAGGCCAGCAGCAGCGCACCCCCAGCGAGGCCCGCAGUCCUAUACCCGGCGGCAUGCCGCCGCCGGCAGGCCUGGGCAGCGGCGCGGAUGGGGGCGGUGGAGGCGGCGGCGGCAGGGCGCCGCGCUCUCGGCGCGGCUCGGUCGGGACGCUGACCACCACCACAUCCCAGAACAACACGCAGCAGCCGCUCGUGCUCACAGGCGCGAGCGCCGAGGGCACCACGCGGCCUGCGGCUGCGGUGAGCGGCAGCAGCAGCAGCAGCAGCAGCAGUGGCGGCGGCGCCGCCGCCGCCAGCGCGGCGCCGGCGCCGGCGCAGGGCCGCCGCGCGCCCCCUGCCAAGACUUUGUCCCUGUCCAUGAGCGCGAGCGGCCUGCCCACAGCAACUGCGCUUGCGGACAGCGGCUCCCAUGCGGGGCCGUUUGCUCCACUGGGCGGCCCCAGCGGCGCCUCGGUGUCUAGCCCGGGCGAGGCCCGCGUGCAGCCCCGGCUCGACAUCGGCGCUGCGUCGCUGGCGUCGGCGCCCGCGAGCGCCAGUGCCGGCUCCAACGUGCAGCUUGCGGCGGGUCCGCAGCUGCUGGCGCAUCCACAGCUGACCUCGGGUGACGGCGCCGCCGAAGUCGCGGCAGUGCCGGCGCCGGGGAGCCACGACGGGCACGGGUUCGGCGAAGGCCACGCAGGGGCAGGGGGCGAGGGCGUGCCGCUGUCGCAGCUGCGGGGAACCAUCGGAAUCCAGGCGCCCUCCCUCCAGUCGUCGCCGUCGCCGGCUACAGGGCCGUGUGUGCCGACUGGCCCGGCGUCCACUGCCGCGAACACGGUUGUCACCUCGCAUGCGGGACAGCCGCCGCCGGUGAACAAUCUGCCCAGCCUGGCAUGUCGGCCGCAGACGCCGGGCAGCGGCGGCCCUGGCGGCGGCGGUGGCGGUCGCAGCAUGGUCGCAGCGGCGGUGGGGCCGGUCUUGGCACCAGCGGCAGUGGCAAUUGCAGGGCGGGCACACUUGGUGCCGCUGACAGUUCAGGUGGUGGACUUGGGCGAGUACCGGCUCAAGGGGCUGGCGCGGCCGCAGCCCGUGAUGGCGCUGCAGCUGAAGCGCACCAUGCAGGGGCAGCCCGAGGACGCACUGGCAGCAGAGGACGCGCCGCUGCCGCCGCACUCGCCCGCCGCGGUGGCCGCAGGAGCCGGAGGAGCGGGAGGCGGGGGAGCCGCGGCGGCGGGAGGAGGAGGAGGGGCGGGGGCGGGAGGCGUGGGAGCAGGUGGCGGGGGAGGGGCGGGGGCGGGAGGCGUGGGAGGGGCUGGGACGGGGGCGGGGGCUUGCAAGGCGCAGCGUGUGCAGCGAGGUGCGGGGCUGCUGGAUGAGCUGCCUGUGGCGCUGCCGGUGCCGCUGGGAGAGGCCACGGCGGAUGUUGGCGAGAUGGGCGAGGUGGAGUAGAGGGCAGCGAAUGUGGGGCGGAGAGCGGUACGGUACUAGUCAACUCGACGCCCACACGCACCUACGGGAUGGAGGGGAGGGGAGGGGAGGGGCUUGGGAGUAGGCUAGCUAGGGUUUGGGCGAGGGCAAGGGCAAGAGUCUUUCGGAAUGAGCACUUGCAGCUGUUGCUGGCAGGCAAGUAGCCUCCUGGCGAGCGCUGGGGCGAUCUGGCGUGCGUGCAAAAAGUCGAUCCGGGUUCGCUCGGGUACUCGUGGUUGGACAAAAACAUCCGGGGCAAGAUAGAGCCGAAAAAGGGCAGGGACGGUUGGGGCAUCAAGACGGCAAGGACAGUUGGGGGGGCAUCGACUGUUAUUUUGUUUGCAUGUGGGCUAUUUUGAUGGACACCGUGACGGGAGCUGCGUGCUCAAGAAACACGCAAGGUGUUGGUCUGCAGGACAAGUUGGUAUCAUGAAUUUUGUGUCAUUGUGAUGCUAUCACUGUUGUAUGUUGUCUGCUGCAAACAUGUUGUAGAACCAUGCAGGGCGGUAACCAACGCCGCUGAUUGGUAUUCAACACCUUUUCUUACUUGAAACGGUACGCAUGGGACCCGCCUUAGGGCAUGGGGACAUGCGGGAUCACAACUGCGUGGAUGCGAAGGACACGACACCCGGCCAUAUGCAAGGAAUGAUGGUCCAGCACUUGACCAUAGUAGCUACGUUGCUAGUGCGGUACGGUAAAUGCGCAUGGGUAAAACCGUGGAUUGGGCAUUGUUCAAUGAUGGGGGUUUGCGUCUUUGCGACUGGGCAUGCAUACUGGUGCGCUCCCGGUGUGCUUGUCUGGCUUUGUGUGGUUUGACACUUGCGUGGAGAACUGGUUAUGCGGGCAGAACUGGUGUGCAGCCGUGCUACCGCAGGUGGCCAGGCGCUGAAGCGCACGCCAUCCUUUGUGGGGGUGGGGGAGAAAAUGGUAAGUCUUGAAUACCGUACACACUUGGGUCAGGGAUUCCGGGCUGUCCGUUGCGAUUACCUAACAGUGGGUCGGGUAGACAGGGAGAGACACGCUACGCUACUGAUUGCCGUAACGGUGCCACUUGAUACUGUUGAUAGAUUCUGCCCGUGUCGAGGUCGGGAACGAGCGUACGUUUCCUCAAUCACAUGAGUGUUGCCCUGCUGCUUCUGUCAUGCAUGCGGCUUCAUUCAUGGCGUGUGAGGCGAGUGCUGGGAGUGGAAGUGCAUGGUCCAGUGAAGACCUUGUACGGGCGAGGUGGCAAGACAUGAAGGGCAACCACUAACAGUUUUGCUGGGGGGUGCGAUGCAGCCGACAACACGGGUCGUUGACUCGGACAACUAAACAUGUGCGCAGGGUCAACCCAAACUCAACCCAAUGGGGUACAUACAGCACCUGUAACCAUCAAUGAAC